AUGGCAACCGAUGCACCUAGUUUUCCAUUUCGGCGAGCUUCUGGGUUGGAGCCACCAGCCGAAUUUGCUCGGUUAAGGGCUACUGAUCCAGUAUCGAGGGUUAAGCUGUUUGAUGGAAGUUUAGCUUGGCUGGUGACUAAAUACAAGGACGUAAUUACUGUUGCAACGGAUGAAAGGCUUUCCAAGAUCCGAACUCGCCCUGGCUUCCCCGAGUUGGGUGCUGGCGGCAAACAAGCAGCGAAGGCCAAACCAACAUUUGUUGAUAUGGACCCUCCGGAUCAUAUGCAUCAAAGGAGCAUGGUUGAGUCGCUUUUUUCAGCCGAACAUGUCAAGGGCAUGCAGCCAUAUAUUCAGAAGACGGUUGAUGAUCUCCUUGCUGCCUUGAAGGCUAAGGGAUGUUCCGACGGCCCAGUCGACUUGAUAAAAGAGGGGCUGCUUGGUUACCUUACCAGGCUAGUGGAUCAGAGAAUCCAGGAGCCCAAGGAUGAUCUCAUCAGUAAACUAGUUGUCGAACAAGUGAAUCUCGGAAUCAUUGAAAAAGCAGAUGCUGUGCAAAUAGCCUUCCUGCUACUCGUGGCCGGGAAUGCUACUAUGGUUAACAUGAUUGCAUUGGGAGUUGUAACUUUAUUCCAACAUCCAGAACAGCUUGCACAACUGAAAGCUGAUCCUUCGCUUGCCCCUGCAUUCGUGGAAGAGCUCUGCCGAUAUCACACAGCCUCAGCACUGGCAAUUAAACGAACAGCUAAAGUUGACAUUGAGAUUGGUGGCAAGCUCAUUAAAGCUAAUGAGGGUAUUAUUGCCUCCAACCAAUCAGCGAACCGCGAUGCGGACAUCUUCGAAAAUCCAGAUGAAUUUAACAUGAAUAGGCAAUGGCCUAAUGAAGACCCUCUUGGAUUUGGAUAUGGCGAUCAUCGUUGUAUUGCUGAGACCCUUGCGAAGACCGAGUUGUCAAUCGUCUUUUCUACAAUCUUCAAAGAAUUGCCUAAUCUAGAGCUUUCGGUACCCAUUAACAAAAUCAAUUUUACGCCUUUACAUAAAGACGUUGGAAUUGAGGAUUUGCCAGUUGUUUUCUAA